CGAGAACAACGACACAAAUCAAAGAAGAAGAAGAAGGCACAAGACAAGAAGUCAUACUCCUUUGAAAUUCACUAAGAACAUUCGUUUUCAUCGCAUAUUUGUUAAAUUGAAUUUUAAGCAAGCAUAAUCCAUUAUACGCCAACAUGUCUUGCCCGAUUGGUGCUGAUGAAAUAAAUAAGCUGAAGUUUUUCGUUGAUUUUUGCUCAACGAAUCCAAAACUUCUGAAUUUGCCACAGUUGAGCUUCUUCAAAACGUUCAUUGAAAGUCUUGGUGGAACCGUGCCGGUAGGUGAGCCCACUGAUUUUGGUUUCCCAAGUGGUGACAAUGAAAAACCACGUGAAGAGCCAAAAGUUGAGCCAGAGCCAGUGGUAGAAAGUGAUCCGGAAUCAGAUGUUGACAUUGACACCGAUGGAUGUGUUGACCCAGAUAACGAUCCUCCCCAACCAAUGGGUGAUGGCUCAAAAGAGCCAACAGACGAAGAACGUGACCAAGCCAGUGAAAAACGUGGUGAGGCUGCGGCUUAUUUCAGCGAUCAACGAUAUGAAGACGCUGUUAGCAGCUACGAAAAGGCAAUUCAAUUGAAUCCAACAAAUGCCUUAUUCUACGCAAAACGUGGUCAAUGCUAUCUCAAGUUGAAGAAGCCAAAUGCAUGCAUUCGUGAUUGUACCCGAGCAUUGGAAUUGAAUUGUGAUUCGGCAGCAGCGUACAAAUUUCGUGGUCGGGCAUAUCGUUUGCUUGGCGACUGGGAAGCGUCGGCCAAGGACUUGCGUCAAGCUUGUAAAAUUGAUUUCGACGAAGAAGCAGACGAAUGGUUGCGUGAAGUUCAGCCAAAGGCACACAAACUAGAGGCUCACAAAAUUAAACAAGAACGUAAAAAAGCUGAAAAAGCCGAUCGUGAUCGUUUGGAACGCAUCAAACGUGCACAAGACGCAAAUAAAAAGGCCGCCGAAGAGCAAAAACGUCAAGAACAAAGCACCGGCGCCAAUCAUGGCGACGGUGAGGAAUUUGAUCAGGCUGAUUUAUUGAAUGCAUUCAAAGAUCCAGAAGUAGCUGCUGCUUUCCAAGACAUCAUGACCAAUCCGGCAAACGUAGUCAAAUAUCAAUCGAAUCCGAAAAUCAUGAAAAUCAUUUCAAAAGUUGGUUCGGCAAUGGGAAAUAAAAUGCCAAACGCUUCAGCAGCUGGUGGUGGUUUUCCUGGCGGCUUUCCAGGUGGAUUCCCAGGCGGAUUCCCACCAAACUUUGGAGCACCAGGUGGAUUUCCUAAUUUCAACACACCACCACCACCGCCACCAUCAUCGAAUCCAAAAAAACCUGAUCUUCACGAUGAUGGCCUAGACUGAAGAAGCGCUUAAAUAUGCACACGCAGCAUUUACGAACACGAUUGGUUCAAUUAAAUUAACGCAAAUACUUAUCAUUUUUUUCUCUUUUCUUUAACACAUUCUUUAAUAAACAACAAAAAAAUACCAUUGAGAAUGGUCCGAACAUUUAGUUCGUAGAAUUCGCAAAACCAAACAUUUUGUUCGGUUGAUUUCGUAUAUCGACGAAUUUAAUUCAAGUCAAAUAAAUAUGGAAAAUAUUUGGUUUUUGAUUAUAAUAUA